UGGCCAUUGUAAAUCUCUCUUCGCACCCCCCGCUCACUUUUGCCGACGCCAUGACGAUCUACGACACCCCGCAAUGGAAGCGCCUCGUAGCCCACGCCAAGGAGAUCAAGGAGACGACCCACUUGAAGACCUUGCUCAAGGACGAAGCCCGCAACGCCGAGCUCUCGGCCGAGUACAACGGCAUCCACCUUGACUUUUCCCGUCAAAACGCGACGACCCAAACGUUGGAUAUGCUGUUUGACCUGGCCGACACGGCACAACUGCGCCAGAAACUCGCCGCCAUGGCCGCUGGCGAACACAUCAACACGACGGAAGACCGCGCCGUGAUGCAUAUCGCGCUGCGCAGUCCGGCCAACAAGCCGCUGUAUGUGGACGGCGUGAAUGUUGUCGACGACGUCCACAACGUGUUGCGAAACAUUCGUGCGUUUUCCGACAAAGUUCGCACUGGCGCGCAUGUGGGUGCCACCGGCAAGCACUUGACGAGCGUCGUGUCCAUCGGUAUCGGCGGCAGCUACCUCGGUCCCGAAUUUGUGUUUGAAGCUCUCAAGCACGAACCUGUCGCGAAAGCCGCCGCCGCUGGCCGUACAUUGCGCUUCUUGGCCAAUGUCGACCCUGUGGAUGCCGCGCGCGCCAUCGAAGGUCUUGACCCGGAGCACACGCUGGUCAUCAUCGUGUCCAAAACAUUCACGACGGCGGAAACCAUGUUGAAUGCCCGCACGCUCCGUGACUGGCUCGUCAAGUCACUCGCGAAGAAAGGUGUGAGCGCCGCGGAUGCCAUCCGCCACCACAUGAUUGCCGUCAGUGCCGCCGUCCCCAAGGCGGAAGCGUUCGGCAUCAACCCUUCCAACGUGUUUGGGUUCUGGGACUGGGUCGGCGGACGCUACAGUGUGUGCAGUGCCGUCGGGAUCGUUCCAUUGGCGAUUCAUUACGGCGCAGACAUUACGGACUCUUUCUUGGCGGGCGCCCAUGACAUCGACACGCACUUGUUGACGGCGCCGCUGCGCUCCAAUUUGCCUGUGAUCUUGGGACUGUUGGGUGUAUGGAACUCCUCCUUCCUUGGCCAUGCCACUCGCGCCAUGCUCCCAUACGCCCAAGCGCUGCUUCGCUUUGCCGCGCACAUCCAGCAAGUCGACAUGGAAUCGAAUGGGAAGCGCGUCGACUUGGACGGUGUCGAGUUGCCGUUCCAGGCGGGUGAAAUCAACUUUGGCGAGCCCGGCACGAACGGCCAACACAGUUUUUACCAGCUUGUGCACCAAGGUCGCGUGGUCCCGUGCGACUUUAUCGGGUUUUGCAAGUCGCAAGCGCCCGUCGACUUGGAAGGCGAGGCCGUGAGCAACCACGACGAACUCAUGAGCAACUUUUUCGCCCAGCCAGAUGCGUUGGCGAACGGCAAAUCGAUCGACGAGCUGACCAACGUCCCGGACACCCUGAAGCCGCACAAAGCGUUCCCUGGCAACCGCCCGUCUGUAUCGCUGCUGUUUGAAGGCCACUUGAAUGCCUUCAGCGCUGGCCAGCUCCUCGCGCUGUACGAACACCGCACGGUUGUCCAAGGCGCAGUGUGGGGCAUCAACAGUUUUGAUCAAUGGGGCGUCGAGCUCGGCAAGGUUCUUGCGACCCAAGUGCGCAACCAACUCUCUGCCUCGCGCAAGAGCAGCGCUCCAGUCCAAGGCUUUAACAGCUCGACGUCGACGCUGUUGAACAAGUACUUAUCCAAGUAAUCCAUGCCUUUCAACUACGAAUAUUGUACGAUUGUAUCGAGGUGUUGCUGGGCAAGAAAGUGCUGGAGAAAGG